AAAACGAAUACGAACAGUAUUUAAUCAAUUUAGAAUGAGCGGGAAUGGAAAAUCUAAAUAGUUUUAUUAAGUGUCAUAUUGUUACUUGUUAUAAUAAAGUGUGUAUUGGAUACUGUUUCCUAGACGUUAAUUGGGUUUAUUAUCCCCUAUUAAUAGGUACAAAAGGCAAUUAGUUAUAUAAAAAGAGAGGUUCCGCGGCCCUUUGCCGCCCCAAACCAAUGACUAUGGCAGAAGAUACAUGUUCGGCUUCAAUGGAUUCCACUCCAGAUAAAAUAAACAAUAAUCACCACUUAAUAAACAAUCAAAACCAAAAACCUCUGGGAAAACAUCGAAAAAGGAAAAGGCUUAGUCAGGUAUUGGAUAUACUAACCGGAGGAAAUAUUAUUCAAGAAAAAAAAGCAAUUUUAGAAAAAGAAAGCUGUUUGAACAAUAAUCAUACGAAAGAAGAACCUAAUAAAUAUAAAAAAAUAGAAUUGAAUAAUUUUGAAGUACUUCAUACGAAGGAAUUUCAAUUGUUAAGAGACCCGAAUUCCGUAAUCAGUGAAGAUGAAGAUGUUUUUAGUCCUGCAAGUUCUAGUAAUAAAUCAUUAUAUAGUUUGAACGAAUCUACUGAAAAAUGUUCUAGCAUAUUUAAAUGUAAAGAUGAUGUAAGUUGUAGUUUACCUUUAUCAGUUCAACGUUCUGCUGAGUGUUUUUGUUAUCAGUGCCUGAAUAGUCCUAAGAAGAAUCUUAAUUUGUUAAACGUAUACAACACAAUUAUGUCAGGUGCAUCGGCAUCUCAUUUAUUAUUACCUUCAUCAUUUAAUUUUAAAGAACGCAGUGAUUGUCAAAAUGAAUCAAAUUUAAAUAAAAAACAAAGUCAUUCGAAAUCUAAUUUAACUAUGGAGGUAUCCAUGUUGAAAAAAAAUAAUAACUUUUUUAGUUGGGUUUGUGAAGAAAAGUCAAGAGAAGAUUGCCAUUCCACAGCAUUCCAAGAAUUUCCUCUAGAUUUGUCAGUAAAAAAUUUAAAUAAUAUCCCAGAACAACUCAAAAAUAAAGUUCCUUCAUCCCUCCAGCUUAUAUCAACUUUGUUAAGCCCCCAACUUAAUGUAGUAUCUGUACCGAUAAUAAAAGGAAAUCUUGUUUCUCCUACGACUAAAAAAUCUAUAGAAUCUAAAUAUAAUUUGGAAGUAUGUCCUGUUGUAGAAGAAAUGCCACCUGGUUCAGAUGUUGGCUAUGUAUGUCAUGUUUGUGGUCAAAUGUUUAGUUUACAUGAUCGAUUGGCAAAACAUAUUGCUUCUAGGCAUAAAAGUCGUCAAAGUGCUUGUGAUUCCACAGUAAAAGCCUAUUUAUGCGAAGUUUGCAAUCGUUCAUUUGCUCGAAGUGAUAUGCUUACAAGACAUAUGAGGUUACAUACUGGUGUUAAACCAUACGCAUGUCGUGUUUGCGGGCAAGUUUUUUCACGUUCUGAUCAUUUAUCUACUCAUCAAAGAACACAUACUGGAGAAAAGCCAUAUAAAUGCCCACAGUGUCCGUACGCUGCUUGCAGGCGAGACAUGAUUACAAGACAUAUGAGAACUCAUUCAAGGUAUGAACAAGAUGGCAUACAACAGUUAAAAUAACCUUACUUUUAUUUAAGAAAAACACAAAUGUUGUUAUGUAUUAUAUUUAUUUAAAUAAUUUAUUACUAAGUUUUUAUCUUAAUAGUAUGUAAAAUAUUAAGUAAUUUGCAGUUUAACCUACUCAUAUUUCUAG